UAUGGACCCCAGUGCAAGUCCAUUGGAGAAGGCAGCUGCAAGAAUGUAAUAGUCACCAGCAGUCCCAUGACAGUUCAACAGCUGGGACCUAUUUCACCUCCUGCUAAUCAGGUUUCAACAGCAUGCAACCAGAUCAGCCCUAGCUUACAGAGGUCUAUGGAUGCUUCCAGCCUGAGUGCUUCUCCAUCAGAUACAAGGUCACUCUUGUCAUGUGAGUCUCUGGCCUCUACGACAUUAAGCUUGUCAGAAAGUCAACCCACUUCAAGUAUUAAGCAAGAGUGGUCGCAUGGGUACAGGACACUUCCUUCUGUUCCUCCUGAACAAGUUUUACAAAACAGCAGUGAGCUGGGGGACUUACUAAAUUUUUCACCUGGAACGUCCAGUAACUGUGUCUCUAACUCAUUACCAUCCUACUUAUAUGGCAUGGAAAAUAAGCUUUCCCCUUACUGUAGUCCUCACCAUUCCUCAGCCCGGUCUCAAUCAGCCCGCUCCAAAAAGAGAGCACUGUCUCUAUCUCCUCUGUCUGACGGCAUUGGGAUCGACUUCAAUACAAUCAUCCGUACAUCCCCAACUUCUCUGGUGGCCUACAUCAACAGCUCCAGGACAUCACCAGCAAACGUCUCCCCACAGCCUGAGGUCUAUGGACAUUUUUUGGGGGUGAGAGGAAGCUGUAUACCCCAAAAUUGCUCUAUUCCAACUGCCCAGAAAGGCCUUCUCAUGGCUAAUGGCAAUGUCACCUUCCCAGGGUACAUUGAGAAUGAGGGUGAUGAGUACCAGCGGAUGCAGCAGCUGGAGCAAGCCAGCUUGCAGAUGGCUGCCACAAGUAACAUGGUGAUCCAGCAGGGCAUGCUGCCCACGGACAACCAGGUGGUAGGCAUCCUGAAAAAUGAACAGCUGGAUGAUUUCUCAGGCGAUACGGUUGACAUGCCUCUUCCACCGCUGCUGCCGCUGCCUCCUCCACAAGGGCCACCCCCACCAUACCAUGCCCACCAGCACCAGCAUCCACACAGCAUCUCCAGUCGCAUCCACCUGCUGCCUGUGCCUCCUUCUGCCCCAGGGUCCCUGCUUGAUGAAGAUGGUGAGCUAGAUGAUUUCAAUGGCAAGCAUGGCUGUCGCUGGGUUGACUGUGGUGUGCUGUAUGACCAGCAAGAGGAACUUGUGCAGCACAUAGAGAAGAUCCAUAUAGACCAGAGGAAGGGAGAGGACUUCACUUGCUUCUGGGCAGGCUGCCCACGAAGGUACAAGCCAUUUAAUGCCCGUUAUAAACUGUUGAUUCACAUGAGAGUCCACUCAGGAGAGAAGCCGAACAAAUGCACA